UCUAGUACAACCUCGAGGACAACUUCUAGGACAACCCCGAGGACGACUUCUAGGACGAGGACGACUUCUAGGACAACCUCGAGAACGACUUCUAGGACAACCUCUAGGUCUAGAACAACAUCGAGGACGACUUCUAGGACAACCUCGAGGACGACUUCUAGGACAACCUUGAGGACGACUUCUAGGACGACCUCGAGGACGACUUCUAGGAGAACC